AUGGAAAUAAUUGUACAAAGGACAAUCCUGGACAGCCCAGACGAUGAGAGAUUUAAGUCGGUUAUCGACAAACAUGCUGACUGGAUUAUUGAUCAAGGCUUACUUCCUACAAAAACAAAAUUGGAGAAGAAAGAUAAAGUAGCUACAUACCUGCUGAAAAACAUACUUUACUACAGAUUCCAUGCUGAAAUUACCCAAUUUGUUAAUGGACUGGAUAAAGUGGGUUUGUUGCACAAAGAGAUCCUCCAUGCACCUGAAGCAUUUUCUAGUCUGUUUGUUCACCAAGCUGUUCAUCUAAAGUUUGACACAUUCAGAUUAUUGUAUGAAGUGAACUUCAGUCCAGAGGGUUCCAAUAACCGAAGGUUGGAGAAGGAUACAGUAUACUUCUUGGAGGUAUUCUUGAUUGAAUGUGAUGGCAAAGAAAGUGACAUAGCCUUGGCAGAUGUACUAAUGUUUUGGACAGGAGCAAGUUCUGUGCCCCCCAUGGGGUUUGACAAAAAACUUGAAGUGGACUUUGUUACGGCUGAUAGAAAACUGCCUGUAGCCCAUACCUGUGGCAUGGUUUUAGAACUUGUGUGUGGGUUAGCUGAUCCUGAUUUGUUCAAGGAGGAUAUGGUGAAAGCUAUUAAGUGGAGUGGAGGAUUCCACUUAUGUUAAAUGCAUCAGUGUACAAUCAGUUCUGAAGCCAUCUGUUUACAAUCAAACGGUUGCAAUACUUGAACUCAAGAUUCUACCAACUGCUCUUGUUUCAGGCCAGUAUGCAACAUUUAAAGGUUUAGGUCAUUGGAUCACCACAAUACUUAAGUAAAGGAAUGGCACAUAGCACAUUGUAAAGCAUGUUAUAAUUCUCAUUAUAGUUAUGAAUGAACAUUCUUCUGUCUUUUCAUGCCAUAUGCUGUAAAUCUUACUAUUUUGUUUGCUUUUGUUUUAGAUAGGCUCACACACACACUAAAUUAAAUACCUUUUAUGUUCUCCAGUGCAUACAGUUGAAAACUUUACACUAUCCCAUACUGUAGGUAGAAUUGCAUACUUCAUGGAAGUUUAGUUAUUGUGUAGCAUGAAAAUUGAGUUUGUUGUUACAUAUCACUAACACUUGGGAACCUUUUUCAAAGUCAAGGUUAAAGCUUUUGAGGCAGGAUAGCAUAUGUCAUUAUACCCCAACAAACAAAGUUUGAGAUAGGGUACAUGUAUAUAGGAGUUGCCUCAAUUGUUGAUCAGUCAGUCUGUUGGUCAGUUAGCAAGAAUUAUGUUGAGUGAACUAUACUGGACAUUUCUUAAGAUAUUUACUUAAAACUUCGUAAACAGGAUCAUAAUUGAGUGGAGAUGUGCAUGAUAGAAUUUGGUGUGGUUCAGCUUGUACCUGGUAUAGUUACCCUUGGACUUAAUUAAAAUAACUAUAGAGCAAUUAUAUCAGUCUUGUGAACUUAGCGGAAAUCAGUAUAUUAGCAUAAGCCAUGUUAUGGGACAAACCACUUUUACUUUUUUUCAGAAUUUUGACUUUAAACUCUGUAUAUUUGUUCACCAUCAAGUGUAUAUGUUCCUGCACAUGUUUGGUGUGGCUUUGUUUUUAGCUCGACUAUUCGAAGAAUAAGUAGAGCUAUCCUACUCACCACGGCGUCGGCGUCACACCCUGGUUAAGUUUUUCGUACCAGUCCACAUUUUGACAAAGUCUUUUGAGAUAAAGCUUUGAAACUUUCAACACUUGUUUACCAUCACCAUGUCCAGUUAUAGGCAAGAGUACAGAACUCUGUCAAGCAUUUUGACUGAAUUAUGGCCCCUUUUGACUUAGAAAUCUUGGUUAAGUUUUUCGUACCAGUUCAUAUUUUGGCAAAGUCUUUUGAGAUAAAGCUUUGAAACUUUCAACACUUGUUUACCAUCACCAUGUCCAGUUGUAGGCAAGAGUACAUAACUCCAUCAAGCAUUUUGGUUGAAUUAUUGCCCCUUUUUGACUUAGAAAUCUUGGUUAAGUUUUUCGUACCAGUCUACAUUUUAACAAAGUCUUUUGAGAUAAAGCUUUGAAACUUUCAGCUCUUGUUUACCAUCACUAUGUCCAGUUGUAGGCAAGAGUACAUAACUCCAUCAAGCAUUUUGGUUGAAUUAUUGCCCCUUUUUGACUUAGAAAUCUUGGUUAAGUUUUUCGUACCAGUCUACAUUUUGACAAAGUCUUUUGAGAUAAAGCUUUGAAACUUUCAACACUUGUUUACCAUCACCAUGUCCAGUUGUAGGCAAGAGUACAUAACUUCAUCAAGCAUUUUGGCUGAAUUAUGGCCCCUUCUGACUUAGAAAUCUUGGUUAAGUUUUUCGUACCAGUUUAUAUUUUGUGUAAAGUGUUUGACAUACGGCUUUGAAUCUUUUAUAUCUUGUUCAGUAUUAUAGUCUCUAUCAAUAGGCAAGAGUACAUAACUCUGUCAUCUUUUUUGGCUGAAUUAUGGCCCUUUCUGAACUUGGAAAUUGGUUCUGUUUUCGUAUAUGUCCAUGUUUUGUCAAGACUAUUUGACAUAUGGCUUUUAAACUUUAAACACUUGUUUAUCAUUAUGAUUUCCAUCUGUAGGCAAGAGUACAUAACUCUGACAACUAUUUUGGCUGAAUUAUGGCCCUUUUUGGACUUUGAAAUUUUUGUCAAAACUAUUUGAACUGUGGCUUUGAAACUUUUAACACUAGUGUAUCAACAUGAUUUCCAUUUGUAGGCAAGUGUACAUAACUCUGUCAACUAUUUUGACUGAAUUAUGACCCUUUUUGGACUCGGAAAUUAGUUAAACUUUUCAUACAAGUCAAUAUUUUGCCUAACAUAUAACUUAAUAACAUAUUUGCCAUCAUGGUCACACAUUGCAACUUAGUGCAAGACUAAUCGAAAUCCACAAAUACGGGAACAUAUUUUGUUUAAUCAAUUUUUUUCUUUUGUCUGAAAAUCUAUGGAAAUAUUUUGACCCCAUUCUUUAAUCAAUUCUUCGAAUAGUCGAGCGCGCUGUCAUCCGACAGCUCUUGUUAGUAUAAUGUGGUGUUGCAGUGGUAUUAAUAGCAUUCACUGAUAUUUGAAUAUUUGAGCAAAACGUCUUAAAUAAAAUCUCUUUUUCUGGAUUAUUGUUCCAGUCACAGACAAUAAUGCCCUUUACAUUUGGUUUGGCUGUGAAACAUUCAAUAUAGCACCAGAAGCAAAAUAUCAGAUACAUAGGUUCAUGUCUGAGGCUUACGUAAGGGAGGAUAUUCAUUCUGUUUGACCAAUUGAACUACUAGUAACUUUAUGGGAUGUUGUGAGAAUAGAAUUUGCACAGGUUUUAUUAUGUCUCUCCUCUCAUGGUGGAGAAAUAUUGUUGGUUUCUUAGAUAUAUUUGUUUUUUUUUCCAUCUGUCAGUCCCCAGGAGUCAUUAAUACCAAGCCUAGUUGUGCACAUUGUUGGCAUGUUCUUCUAGGGUU